AAUCUUCACGUGCACUACAAGUAGCCCACCAGAUUAUAAGCAUAUAUUUAAAUUUCUUAGAAGCAAAAGCAAAAGAAAUCUUAUUUAUAUGUUUUUGUUUUAUAAAGUGAUUCGAUUCUAUUUUUUUUUUCCUUUAAUGUCAUAUCUUGUAACAGCAAGCACAAGAACUUAGUUUGUAAUGUUCUUUGAGAAUAUUUCACAGUUAUAAGGUGUUAUUUUGAAGUAUUAAUAUCUGCUUACAAAAAAAAUAUUUACAUAUAUUUAAACAAAGGCAAAAUGAAGAACAAAAUCAGUUCUCACAUAAGGAAAUUUAUGCCCUGUUCCGCCAAUACAUCUCUCAAUAAUCCUAUUACCAAUAUUGAUGUUCGUGAAGAAUAUGCGAAUGCCUUCCGCACCGAAUCCUACAUUGACUUUUGGACACGUGUCAUUGCAAUAUCAAAUGCUGAUUACGCCACUGCUAUUCCAGCCGAGUCCACCAGCUCGGCUCGGCUCCCAUCCUAUCGUUUAUUCAUUGAACAUCUUUUGGAUCCAGAUCAGCCCACAGUCACACACAUCUUAUCCUUGGCCCAUAACCGGCCCAAAAUCCAUGCACUACUCUCUGAAUAUUUCACCCAAACUGCCAAUGCCUCCAUCCUAUGUGGCACUCUAUUAAACGACAUUCAGAAGACACGUGGCAAAUACCGUUAUUUUAAAACCUCAAUCCAAUCAGUUAAAGGAGGAGAAAUAAGUCAUAUAAUCUCAAACCAACUCACUCAGUUUUCUUGCUCAAUCAACCCAUUCACUUCUCCUAUCUCAUCUCCAAGCCGAGUUAGAAUUGUUCAAAAGGGUUGUUCUGGAUUACUUCAUAGGCUCGAAGUAAGCCGAGACAAAGCUCGAGCCAAGCUUCAACUCAUGAACAAACUAAAACACGGCUCGGCUGUUGUCCUCGUGGCUUUGACGGCUUCAUUGAGUGUGAUUGUUGUGACACAUGCACUCUCAUUAGUUGUAGCCAUUCCAACCUUGAUUUCAGCUUCAAUAGAGUUGGCUUCAUCAAGGAAGCUGGCUAGGGUGACAGCGCAGCUCGAUGCAGCCGCAAAAGGGACCUACAUACUAAAUCGAGACUUUGACAUAAUUAGUCGGCUCGUGGCUAGGCUCAAUGAUGAGUUGGAGCACUUAAGGGGAGCUGUGAAAUUUUGGGUUGAUCGAGGAGAAGAAGAUUGGCUGAAAGUUAGCAAUGAAGUGGUGCGACACCUUAAGAAAAAUGAGUCAAAUAUUAAUGAGCAGCUUGAUGAGCUUGAAGAACACUUGUAUCUAUGCUUUAUGACUAUAAAUCGAGCUAGAAGCUUAGUGGUGAAGGAGAUGUUCAAUCCUUCUCAACCAACUAAACACCACUGUAUAUUGUCAUCAUGUUAAUAAUUUUGUAAUCAUAUCAUAAUAUUAAUAAUAAUAUUUAUAUAAGUAUCAAUAACAAAACACACAAAUUUUUU